AUGUCGCCCCCUACUUCACCCCACACCGGCCUACCCCCCACCUUCGUGCCCGGCUUCCACGACGAGACGGCGGUGUGUGCCGUGCACUACAACCCACUGGGCGAGACCGGCCUCUACGUGUCUCACCUCGGCUGUGGCGGCGGCGGCGUCCUCAGCAGCCUAUAUGGAUAUGUCCUACCUGACACUCUGACCGCCAUUGUUCAUUAUAAGAAUAAAUCAGAUGAGUGUAUUUUCCUCUGCUACGACGGCACACUGGAGCGUAAAUGCACUCUUCAGCAGCGCGGAAACAGCCUGAGCAUCACAGAGGAGAAGUGCAUCGCCACCAUCAGAGAGGCCAUCCGCCAGGGGGUCAACUACAUCGACACGGCCCCUUGGUACGGACAGGGCCGCUCCGAAGACAUCCUGGGUAAGUUAAGCCACCAGACAACAGUCCAGGCCCUGAAGGAAGUCCCCCGCCAGGCAUACUACAUAGGGACCAAGGUGGGCCGCUAUGAACUGCAUCCUCACCACAUGUUCGACUUUUCAGCGAGCAAGACCCGGCAGAGCAUCGAGAAGAGCCUCAAGCUGUUGCAGCUGGACUAUGUUGACAUUUUGCAGGUGCACGAUGUGGAGUUUGCUCCAGAUUCGGAAAUGGUAAUAAACGAGACCCUGCCUGUGGUUAAGGAGGCGGCAGAGGCGGGCAAGGCACGGUUCAUUGGGAUCACAGGCUACCCUGUGUCUGCACUGAAGGACAUCAUCACCAGGAGUAAGGACAUCAGGAUCAGCACAGUCCUCUCCUACUGCCGAGACACCCUCGUCGACAGCACUCUCCAGGAGUACAUGCCCUUCUUCAAGAGCCAGGGUGUGGAGCUGGGUAAGCUCGCUGUAUACCACGCGCUGACGCGCGAGGGCCAGGCGACGCACAUCGUAGGGGCCAACUGCAGGGAGGUGCUGCACUUGAACCUGAGGACACUGCGAGAGGUGCGAGAGGGACUCACCGAGGCAGAGCGACAGGUGCUGGAGCACGUCAAGGACAGGUUCUUUGCCGAUUUGAAGGUGAGGCACUGGGAAGGCAAGGAACUACGAGAGAGGGCGGAAAAUGAAAAACUAGAAGGCAAGUCCUGA